AUGGUCGUCAUGGGCAUGCGGGCAAAGCCACGGAAACGUCCCAAUCCAUUCCUAUAUGCUAUUGAUCUGUAUCGAUCGCUUAGCUUGCUUUUCCAGAAAGAUUUCGUUGUUACGGAAUCGGGCAGCCGGAUGGUCCUCCCUGCCGGCGCCACCAUCGUCCCGCUAAAGGUAAGAGAACCGUUCAGGUUCUUCCGGAGAACACUGGUACUCCGAUGGUGGAGGAGUAGCAGCGAUGCAGAACUACUCGAUGGACUCGUGGUGGAAGACGGCAACUACAAGGUGGCGAAGACACGCUUCAGUGCCUUCUUCGCCACCAACCUUCAUUCCCUUCUUCAGCGAUGUGGAAUCAAGGACUUGGUUGUCGCCGGAAAGCCACCGAUUCCCCAAAUUAAACCGACGUGA